AUGUCAAGUAUGAUAGUGUCCGAGAAGAAAGAAGAAUUGGAGAGAAGUUGGCAGGCGGAGAGUAGACAGACUAUUUUACAGUUGAAGAUUGUCGCUGAUGUUGUUGUUCUCAUGGCGUUCAGAGCUUUUUAUUUAAUUGUUUUUCAUUCAACUCUAAUUAUUUUUUUUUAUCAAAGCAAUAUGCGAAAUAUUUGUUUUUAUAAGUAG